UCUCUCUCUUCUCUCUCUCUUCUCUCUCUCUCUCUCUCUCUCUCUAGUUGCAGUAAUGGAGAAAGGAGAGUCAUCUUCAAUGGCAGAGAACGAAGAUUCCGGCGAAACAACAAUAACCCAUCAGGCAACGACUCCGGUUAGUUUAACCCAAGAAGAGUUGGAGGAAUUAAAAGCAGUGAUCCAUGAGUUCCAUUCCUAUGGGAUGAUAAGUGUUGGCAAAUGCUCGUCUCUGCUGGCUCAACGCAUAUAUGCUCCGGCCGAAACGGUCUGGUCCAUCGUUCGUCAGUUCGAUAAACCCCAAACCUACAAGCAUUUCAUCAAGAGUUGUUCCAGCAAAGAUGGUUUUCCUACUCCGAUCACCGUUGGAUGCCUCAGAGAAGUCAACGUUAUCUCCGGUUUACCUGCAGAGACUAGCACCGAAAGGCUUGAUGUGUUGGAUGAUGAGAGAAGGGUGGCUGGGUUUACUAUUAUAGGUGGGGAGCAUAGAUUAAGGAACUACCGAUCGGUGAUGUCGGUGAAUGAGUUCAAGGGAGGACGAAGAAGUGGCGGUUCUUAUUGUGGGGAUCAGGAGGAUGGUGGGAAAAUCUGGACCGUUGUUUUGGAAUCUUAUGUGGUUGAUGUGCCGGAAGGGAAUACGGAGGAGGAUACAAGGAUGUUUGCUGAUACGGUGGUGAGAUUGAAUCUGCAAAAGCUUGCUUCGGUGAGUGAAGGGUUAGCUCGUGAUCAAGAUAAACACAAACAAUACAGGUGAUGCCUAAGAAAGUAUCUCAAAAAAAAUCUAAAAUGUGUUUUUUUUUUUUUUUUUUUUGUGGUUUCUUUUUGGGGGGGUUGGGGUUGUUCUUCUGUAUGAAGUUGUUCUUCUUUGGGUUUAAAUUACAGAAAACUCUUCCUUCUUAUAGAAAUAACUGGUGCAUGUCUUGAAAUGAUUAUAGACAUUGUUGGA